UUACAUUGAGUGCCAAUUAUAGAUUAUAAGUGGUCCACUGAGUGCGUCGAAAAUGUAUUAUUUUUUUAUAUUACUUGCUCUGUCCUUAGUGAGUAUCUCGUCAUGUGAUCCAGAUACAACCGGCUCUUGCCCCCCAAGCUUGCCAGUGGACAUUUGUGACGAAACAUGUGGAAGUGAAAUUCCGUGCUCCAAACCUAAACAGUUGUGCUGUCCUACAGCUUGUGGUGGAGCCAUAUGUGUCGAUGCUAUGACGCACAGGAAUAAGGUAGAUGAAGUGAAACCAGGUCUUUGUCCAGAGAAACCUCGUGGUCCUUGGAUCUGCACAAAUAUGUGCACCAGUGACUCGGACUGCAGACGUGUCCUCAAGUGCUGUCCCAACCGAUGUGGAGCAUUCGCCUGUCAGAAACCUGAUGCACCACCAUCAGAUGGUUAAACAAUUCUAUUGGUAGAAAAGACGUGUGUUGUUUAGUUUGUGAGAUGUUAUCAAACAAGGUAAAGAAUUGUUUUUAUGAUAACUAUUGUGAGACAUACUAAAUUAAGUAAAAAGCGCGAGUCACUCACGUGAAUAUACUG